GCAGAUGCGCGGCGAGAUCGGGUUGGUCAACUAGGCUGCAAAGAAAGCUGCGAACCGGCGAUAUUUAAGAGGAUAUCCUUGCGAUUCUCCGUCUGUUGGACACGGUUAAUGGAUAAGUAAAUUAUUGCGAACGGAGUUCAAGGUACUUGGUAUCAGGCAUGAGUGGGAAUAAAGAGGCUGUGUUGACAUGCGUGCCUGGUAAUGGACAGGAAGCUCUGAGAAGUGACAACGGGGGUGGAAGACAAAAUGGAGAAUUACAGUAUCAGGGAGGCAGCAGAUGGUGGAAAGUGAGCUGUGAUUGGGACUGGUGGUGAGCUGCGAGGCAUGGAUUGGUGACUCGGCACAAUAG